AGCAGCAGCAGCAAGGCCGGUCCAUAAUUAAACAAUGCAUAGCUUUACUACACUCAUGUGCCACGUCGACUCCCAAACUCAAACAAAUCCAUGCUUUUUCCAUCAAAAACGGAGUCCCUGUCACCAAUCCAGAUUUAGCCAAACACCUUUUAUUCACUCUACUCUCUUUACCAUCAUCAUCUGCGCCAAUAUUAUCAUAUGCCCACAAAAUCUUUACCCAAAUUCAUAACCCAUAUGUAUUCACCUGGAACACAAUCAUCCGAGGUUUUGCAGACAGCCAAAACCCGAAACCCGGAAUUGAUCUAUAUCGUAAAAUGCGGGUAUUUGGAGUCCAGCCCGAUACUCAUACUUACCCAUUUGUGUUAAAAGCUAUUGCUAAGAUGAUUGAUGUUAGAGAAGGGGAGAUAGUGCAUGAGGUGGUGGUGAAGAAUGGUUUUGGUGAGUUGGUUUUUGUGAAAAAUGGGUUGGUGCAUAUGUAUGCUGUGUGUGGACAGGUUGAGAAUGCGUACAAGGUGUUUGAUGAAAUGUCUGUGAGAAAUUUGGUGACUUGGAAUUCGGUUAUUAAUGGGUUUGUUUUGAAUGGGAGGCCGAAUGAGACGUUGAUGCUUUUUAAGGAAAUGGUUGAGGAUGGGGUGGAACCGGAUGGUUUUACUUUGGUUAGUUUGUUGACGGCGUGUGCAGAGCUUGGUGCGUUGGCGUUGGGUAAGAGGGUUCAUGGGUACAUGUUUAAAGUUGGAUUUGUUGAGAAUUUGCAUGCUGUUAAUGCGCUUUUGGAUCUUUAUGCGAAAACUGGGAACAUUGUGGAUGCGAAAAAGGUUUUUUAUGAAAUGAAGGAGAAUAGUGUUGUGUCGUGGACUGCGCUUAUUGUUGGUUUGGCUGUGAAUGGAUAUGGUCUCGAGGCGAUUAAUCUUUUCAAGGAGUUGGAAAGGAGAGGGUUGACACCGAGUGAGAUUACCUUUGUAGGGGUGUUAUAUGCUUGUAGUCAUUGUGGGAUGGUCGAUGAAGGAUUUGCGUAUUUUAAAAGAAUGAAAGAGGAGUUUCAGAUCGAGCCUAGAAUAGAACAUUAUGGAUGUAUGGUUGAUUUGUUGGGGAGAGCGGGUCGUGUACAACAAGCUUAUGAUUACAUUAUUGACAUGCCGUUGCAGCCGAAUGCAGUUAUCUGGAGGACCUUACUUGGAGCAUGCACAAUACAUAAGCAUACAGAUUUAGCAGAGGUAGCUCGAGCACAGCUGAUACAGUUAGAACCUAAACACAGUGGAGAUUAUGUUUUGUUAUCAAACCUCUAUGCUUCUGAAAGACGUUGGACUGAUGUGUCAAAAGUGAGACAAACAAUGUUACAAGAAGGGAUACAAAAGUCUCCUGGUCAUAGCUUCGUUGAGUUAGGAAAUCGGGUCUACCAAUUCACCAUGGGUGACACAUCUCAUCCACAAAGUGAAGAUAUCUAUUUGAAAUUGAGAGAGAUCACAAAGUUAUUGAAGCUAGAAGGUUAUAUGCCUCAUGUUUCAAAUGUGCUUGCGGACAUAGAAGAAGAGGAGAAGGAGAGUGCUUUAUCGUUCCACAGUGAGAAAAUAGCAAUUGCAUUUAUGCUUAUAAACACACCGAAUGGAGCUUCUAUAACGGUUAUGAAGAACUUGAGGGUAUGUGCUGAUUGUCACCUUGCAAUAAAACUCAUUUCAAAGGUUUAUAAGCGAGAGAUUGUGGUGAGGGAUAGAAGCCGAUUUCACCAUUUUAAGGAUGGGUCUUGUACUUGCAAAGAUUAUUGGUAAAGUAGAGAGUAGCAAGUUUAUAAUAACCAAAGUUCACCUGGGGGGUCAUGUGAAUGGAAAUUUUGGAUGGACAUAUGUGAAGAUGAUAUAAGGCAUCCAAAUAAGAAAAAGAAGAUUUGGUGUACAUACAAAGAGGACAUGCUAGAUUUUAGACAAACCAUGGUCAGUACUCGGUACCAAUCUAUAUACAAAGAGGACCUUGUUAUGUGCUGAAGCUGUAUCAAGUGUUGUAAAAACCCCAGAAGAUUCAACAACAUAGUCAGCUUUGAAGUCACUCCAAGGAAUUGUUGCAGGGUCUCUGAGCAGGUGAUGUUCAGGAAGUUAGUAAUUAUAAGUACAUAAAUUAAAGGUAACCGCUCGCUUGCUUCAGUAGCAUCAAGCACAUAGUUAUUGCUGUCCGCUCCCAUUAGGCAUUUCUCUAACAUCAUAGAAUUGAUGUAGUUAACCAAGAUACACAAUAAAGCAUAAGCAUAAGCCACGGAAAAGUAUAUACGUAUAUUAUUACCUUUACCUGUAAAGAGUAUAUAAAAGAAGACAUAAGCAUAACAUUGAUGUACUACUGCACGUCUGCACGAUCAUAUAAAAAAAUAAUUCUAAGUUAAUGGACCAGUUUAUGGCUGGUUUCUUUCAAUUCGGUUUGCAAUAGAAGUACUAAGAUUUUGUAACUUUAGAUGUGCUGUUUAAUAGAAUCUCUAGACAUUAUAUGUAAUUGCUUUCAUUUUGUUAGCCCAUUUGAUGUUUUAAAAGAUGACAUAAGAUAUAUGCACUCAGGCACUCACUCCUCAGCUAGUUACUCAGUUUCACCUGUCUCACUGGGUCCCAUUUGAUUCAUGGGUCAGUUACUCAGUUUCACUUGUCUCACUGGGCCGGCUGCACUAGUUACUUACCAAUAGUGCCAAGUUAAUGGACAAGACCAUGGCUGGUCUCUUUCAAUUGGGUUUGCAAUAGAAGCUUAUUAGUAGAAA